CUUCAACAAAGCUUCAAUGCGUAUGUUGAGAAAAUGAGGUGGAGCCACAGGAGAGAACACAGCCAGCAGAGAGGAUGUCUGUCAGUUGGUCUUGUCGUCAGAAAUUAUUGGAGUAAUUUAGUUCAGUUUGCCAACGUCAAGGGGACAUGUAAAGACAUCAAGGAACAAACUAAACCAAAGCCAUUUGACUCUGAUGAAUCAGAGACAGCUUCAUCGGUCUCCCCCCAAAUGAGCUCGUGCAGAUACGGCUCUUCUGCCUGGUCUUCAACAAGCUCCUUUCAGUUUUUGCCCCGGAAUCACGUACCGUCCGGUGCAGCACUCGACACCCCGCGCCGUCCUAAAGCCGACAGCCACAACGCCAGCUGCCAGACCGUUGAAUCGUCCCUUGUUCCCUGCAGCGCAUGCCACCAAGUGCAAUCCACUUUAACAAAAACCGGGCAUGCUUUGGUGGAACUGCUCCAGAGUGAGAGCCUGCCCUCGUCUCUGCAGCCGCUCUUAGUAGCCGUGGGAGACACCCUGGGGCUGGGACAUAUGACAGCAGGCGAUGUGGCCCUCUGGGCCAACGAGCAGCUGAGAGACAUGCGCCGGCUGGAAAAACAUCUUCAAGAUGUGCGCAAUACUGUGCAGCCCCUCAAAGAUAGACUUGCAGAAGCAGAAGCUGAGCGCGAGAGAUUCAGGUCCAAGCUGGAGAUGAAACAGAAAGAGUUCAAGCAAGAGAUGGAAAGACACCAAGUGAACAUAGUCCAGCUGGAGUUUUCACUGAGGAAAGCACAAAGAUCAAUGAAAGAAACAGAGAAAAGGCUGCAGGAGGAGAAGCAACAACUUCAGAGAGAAACAUUGGGCUUGGAAGAAAGUAAUUCAAGACUGAAAGAGCAAGUGGAAGUACAGCGUGACGCAUUACAGGUACUUGAACAAGAAACCAACGUGCUGCAGGAUAAAGUAAGGACUUUGCACGCAGAGGAAGAGGCCUGUUUCACACUGAAGCAAAAGAUCCAACAGUUAGAGGGUCAAAUCUCUGAAACUCAACUUCAUCUUGACAAAGAGAAUGCAAAGUACCACAGCGCUUGCCGUCAGCAAGAGUCAAUGCAGGCAAAGCAAACGUCUUUGUUAGAGAGAGUUGACGCUCUCGACGAAGAGUGUGAAGAGCUGCGGGGGCAGUUGGUGGAGAGCGAGGAGAGACAGCUCGACCUUCACAAUCAGCUGCAACAGACGACUGAGGACAAGGAACAAGUUCAGGCUCAGUUUGCUGAGCAGCAGGACUUGUGCUUGGAGCUCCAAAAGGAGAAGCGGACCCUGGAAACGUACACGUGCGAGCUAAAGAGCAGCGUGGCUGAGCUAAAGGAGUAUGUGACAGCUUUGAGGGAGAGAGAGAGGCUGUUGGUGGCUUUCCCAGAGCUCAGCCCUGUGACUCUGGACCAACCAAAGAGUACAGGAAGUGUGCUUUUGGAUAUGGAGCAACAACUUCAGGCAAAUAGCAUCCGUACAAAAAUUCUGGAGCAAGAAAACAGUACCCUGUACUCCAGCCUUUUAAAGCUGAAGCAUAGAGCACAAAAUAAUGCCAACAGGGAAGCCUCAGAUCAGCAGACCUGCAGCCCCUCUCUGGACAGCUCAUCGGUCGGAGGGCAACAAAAUCGCCUGACACCAAUGCAAAAGUGUUUGUUGCAGAGCAGCAGUGCAGCCGAGCUGGAACACGAUAACAGAGCGAGGGAAGCGAGUGGAGUGGAAAGCGGUCUAUUGUCAGCCGGGUCAGAGGAUCGUGUUUCCACUGCUUCCCCCUCCUCCCUGCAGCUUCACCUUCAAACCCUCCGACUCAACACGGACGCUGCUAAAAGCCAUGCAAAAACACGCCGUGCUUUUCUUCUCUCUCGCUCCAGAAGCUCAAAUCAGAGGAAAUACAACAAACCCUGAAGACCUUCCUGCAAUUGGCGUGAGAAAGGACGACUGCAAAGCUCAUAAAAAAGAUCCCCCACAUUAAUAUGUCAUGAUAUAUUAGUGUACAUUAUACCAGACUAAUACUAAUUCUUUAGUAAUUGUCAAUUAAAUUACAUUGUCGAGUUAUGACACUGGAGUAUUACCAUUUUAACCACUACAUGUGUCAGUAUGUCAAGGUGAAUACAUACAUUAUAGAUAUCAACUAAUUGUGGAUAUCUGUUUUAUAGGGUAUUGAUGUCUAUUGUAUAUUAGGUUUCAGGUUAAACGAUAUGCUGUUUGCACAUGAAUGGGUGGCCUUCACAGCAGACGAUGUUUGUACAACAUUGAGCGUCACACAGACAUUCUCACAGAGACAAAUGUGUUGAUGGAUUUUUAAGUGCUAACCAAUGAGGGCUUCCAUGGAAACGCAGGUGCUCACAGGAUUCACGCUGUGCUGUAUCACCACAGAUCUUUUUUCCAGUCCCUCCAAGUUAACCUCAGUUAUUGUGAGUGCUCCGAGAUGGAGACCACAUUGUGUUUGUUAGGUAACGUUUGUUUUGGGUUUUAGACUGCAUGUCUUGAUGCUUGCUCUGCAGUGGUCAUUUAAAAUGCCCUCAGCUCAGCUGGCUAAUCUGGACUGCAACAGACUAAACGUUAGCUUGUGUCAGAGCUGUUGAAGUCAAACAUAUCCACUAUUUGUUCUUUUGUUGUAUGUGUAAAACCUGACAGUGAAAAUGAGUAAUAACCUCAAACAUCCGAUUAACAUACUUGUCAUACCAACACUAAUUUUGUCACCUUAAAAGACCGCUGAUGACCUUAAGGUUAAUCCUUAAAUGGGUUUAAUUACACAGCUGUGUGAAUGUCAUGCAUGCAAUGGAAGAAGACAAAGCGAUUAUUUCAUAUCAACUAUGGCAUUUAGACAAGUCAAUCAAAAGCACUAAACAAAAAUACUUUUAUAUUUAUGUUACAGACAACAAUGAGUGUGAGAUGAGUUGUGUUUUUACAAAGAGAAAGUUCAGUAAUGAAGAGAAAAUGAUAUUUUAUCUGGUUUUAAAAACAAAACAAGUGUGACGUAAUGUAUUUAGCAAGUAAAUGUGAUGUAUUUCAGUGACAAGGUUUGUCUGAGCUGGCUUGACGGUACAACAUAAGGGUUUUUUCCAUUCUUGUAACUGGGCUCUGUAAAAUUAUUAUUAAAGUUAUUUAUCCACAAUAAAAACUGUAAAUGCUGUUUUAAAACAUUUAUUUUUCAUUUAUAACACAGUCUUUAGCAUUUUAUACAGACCUACACUAUAACAGAAAUAUUUAAGAACUUGUGUGCAAAGAGUGAGUAAAGAGUACAAUACAAUUCAGAAGUGAGAAAAUAAUUGUGUCAUUUAUAACUGUGCUCCUUGCACAACACAGACAGAGAAAGAGGCGACAGAAUGUUGAGCUUAUAAAGCACCACAGUAUCAAUAUCUGUUACUGACCCCCGACAUGCAAAGCAUGACUGAAACAGAAAAUGACUAGACAAUAGUUUUCAUUGUGCAAAGUUGUACAAAAUUCUACGAUUGCCAAAAUGCCUCCUACUUAAACUCUACGUCCAUGAUUGUAUUUAAGUUUAGUAAAUGGAAAUCAUGAAAGUUCUGUGUAGGAGUUUUUUUUUU